GCCAGGCGAGAGAAAAGGUGUCGGCGCCAUGGAAAGACGUCGCGACUGGCUGGGGCAGCCGCUGUAUCUGGGAGCUGCCGUGUGUGGUGCCGCGUGCGCGGCUUUUCUCGCGAGGCACCUCCAGCGGGUGUUCCGUGCUCGCAGGGAGCUGCAGGCGCUGGUGGCGCAGGUGGCGGGCUGCGAGGCGCGGGUGGUGGUCACGGGGGCCAGCUGCGGCGUGGGGCUGGAGCUGUCGCGGCAGCUGCUGCGCCAUCCUUCGGUCUCUCUGCUGGUGGGCUGCCGGGACCGCCACAAGGCCGAGGCCCUCUUCCGCCGCUAUCCGCGAGCCAAGGUGCACCGACUGGACCUCCUGGACCCAGACUCCAUCCAGGCAUUCGCAGAUGAGGCUCAUGCAUUCCUUGUGGGCGGAGAGACCGGCCUCCGGAUGUUGGUGAACAAUGCCGGCGUCAUGCGCCCGCCGAAGACCAAAGGGGGCGAUGCCACUUGGCAAACCAACUUCCUGGGGCCUUUUCUCCUCACCGAGCUCCUGAACCGCUUCCGCAAGGAGCAGCACCGGGACCCGGUGAGGGUAGUGCACGUGUCCAGCCGCCUGGAGAAGCGUUCCACGCUGGACUUCGAGCUCCUGGAGUCCGUGGCCAAGGGCGAGGUGGGCGAGAACGCGUAUGCGGACUCCAAGCGCGCGCUGAUGCUCUGGACCUCGGUGCGCGCCCAGAGCCUCGCGUUCAAGGGAGGCCUCUUUUGUUUCGCCGCCACUCCGGGCAUGGUGGACACCGAGCUGAGCAGGUAUUCCAUGAGUCCUUGGCUGUGGCCUCUGACCAAGCCGCUGCGCAUGGUGCUGCUGCGGCAUGUGUCUGAGGGCGCUUUGGCGGUGGCGGGGGGCGCUUUGAAGCCCCAGGCCACGAACUGCUUCGGGCGCUACAUGGAUGGCGAGGUUCAGCUGGAAGACCUGGUCAUUGAGCGAAUGGGUGAGAAGCCGCUGGCGGCGGCGCUGGUGAAGUGGGCCACGCAGGCCUCCGCGCUGGAGCAGCGGGCCGCGGGCUACGAGCGGUGAGCGGAG